AUGGCUAUCCGAACGGCUAAUAGUUUUCAAAGUGUCCCAACACUCGACAAUCAAACAGUUUUAGCUGUUCAGCAGUUCUUCAAUGAUAACACCGUUUCAAACCUCGCAAAUGCCGAUGUGGAGGAGGAGGAGGAAGAAGACGUGUUUCAAUGCGGCAAAUGUAAGAAACAGUUCUCAAUAUUGAAUGCAUUUGUGAGCCAUAAGAAGGAGUGCGGACGCAAAUCCACGCUUAACAGGAAUAUCAACCAAUUGUUGCACUCGACUCACGACAACUUGAAG